CCGGAGGCGGCGGCGGAGGCCCGAGCGGGGCGUUUGGUUUCGUUUCUGCACCGACUGGAAUUAGUGUCGACGGUCAAAAUGGGAGUCCCCAAGUUUUACCGAUGGAUCUCGGAGCGGUACCCCUGCCUCAGCGAAGUGGUGAAAGAGCAUCAGAUUCCAGAAUUUGAUAACUUGUACCUGGAUAUGAAUGGAAUUAUACAUCAAUGUUCCCAUCCUAAUGAUGAUGAUGUUCACUUCAGAAUUUCAGAUGACAAAAUCUUUACUGACAUUUUUCACUACUUGGAGGUGUUGUUUCGAAUUAUUAAACCUAGGAAGGUGUUCUUUAUGGCUGUUGACGGUGUGGCUCCUCGAGCAAAAAUGAACCAGCAACGUGGGAGGCGUUUUAGGUCAGCCAAGGAGGCAGAAGACAAAAUUAAAAAAGCAAUAGAAAAGGGAGAAACACUUCCUACAGAAGCCAGAUUUGAUUCCAACUGUAUUACGCCAGGGACUGAAUUCAUGGCCAGGUUGCAUGAACAUCUGAAGUAUUUUGUAAAUAUGAAAAUUUCCACAGACAAAUCAUGGCAAGGCGUUACCAUCUACUUCUCAGGCCAUGAGACUCCUGGAGAAGGAGAGCAUAAAAUCAUGGAAUUUAUCAGAUCCGAGAGAGCAAAGCCAGAUCAUGAUCCAAACACCAGACAUUGUCUUUAUGGCUUAGAUGCUGACUUGAUCAUGCUUGGAUUAACAAGUCACGAGGCACAUUUUUCUCUCUUAAGAGAAGAAGUUCGCUUUGGUGGAAAAAAAACACAAAGGGUAUGUGCUCCAGAAGAAACGACGUUUCACCUCCUACACUUGUCUUUAAUGAGAGAGUAUAUUGAUUAUGAAUUUUCAGCAUUGAAAGAAAAGAUCACAUUUAAAUAUGAUAUUGAAAAAAUUAUAGAUGAUUGGAUUUUGAUGGGAUUUCUUGUUGGCAAUGAUUUUAUCCCUCAUCUACCUCAUUUACAUAUUAAUCAUGAUGCACUGCCUCUUCUCUAUGGAACAUAUAUUGCUAUCCUGCCAGAACUUGGAGGUUAUAUUAAUGAAAGUGGACAUCUCAACUUACCUCGAUUUGAGAGAUACCUUGUGAAACUAUCAGAUUUUGAUCGAGAACACUUCAGCGAAGUUUUUGUGGACCUCAAGUGGUUUGAAAGCAAAGUUGGUAACAAGUAUCUCAACGAAGCAGCAGGUGCAGCAGCAGAAGAAGCAAAGAACUGCAAGGAGAAGAAAAAACCAAAGGGCCAGGAAAAUUCUUUAAGUUGGGCUGCGUUGGACAAAAAUGAAGGUGAAGGAGUAGCUUCUAGAGAUAAUUUUGAAGAUGAGACUGAAGAUGAUGAUCUGUUUGAAACUGAAUUUAGACAAUAUAAAAGAACAUACUACAUGACGAAGAUGGGGGUCGAUGUAGUAUCUGAUGAGUUUCUGGCUGACCAAGCUGCCUGUUAUGUUCAGGCUAUACAGUGGAUCUUACACUAUUACUAUCAUGGAGUCCAGUCCUGGAGCUGGUACUAUCCCUAUCAUUACGCACCCUUCCUGUCUGAUAUCCGCAAUGUCAGUGCACUGACAAUCCGUUUUGAGCUAGGGAGGCCUUUCAAGCCCUUCGAGCAGCUUCUUGCUGUUCUUCCGUCGGCUAGUAAGACUUUGCUUCCUGCGUGCUACCAGCAUUUGAUGACCAGUGAAGAUUCACCAAUUAUAGAAUAUUAUCCACCUGAUUUUAAAACUGAUCUAAAUGGGAAACAACAGGAAUGGGAAGCUGUGGUAUUAAUACCUUUUAUUGAUGAGAAGCGAUUGUUGGAAGCCAUGGAGACAUGUAACCACUCCCUCAAACAAGAAGAAAGGAAAAGAAACCAACACAGUGAGUGCCUGAUGUGCUGGUAUGAUAGAGACACAGAGUUCACCUACUCCUCUCCAUGGCCAGAAAAGUUCCCUGCCAUAGAACGAUGUCGUACAAGGUAUAAAAUAAUAUCAUUAGAUGCUUGGCGCGUAGACAUAAACAAGAACAAAAUAACCAAGGUUGACCAGAAGGCAUUAUAUUUCUGUGGAUUCCCUACCUUGAAACACAUCAAACAUAAAUUUUUUUUGAAGAAAAGUGGUGUUCAAGUAUUCCAGCAGAGUAGUCGUGGUGAAAACUUGAUGUUGGAAAUUUCAGUGAAUGCAGAACCAGAUGAACUUAGUAUAGAGAACAUAGCUUCGACAGUGCUGGGAAAGUCAGUCUUUGUUAACUGGCCUCAUCUUGAAGAAGCUAGAGUUGUGGCAGUAUCAGAUGGUGAAACUAAGUUUUACAUAGAAGAACCUCCAGGAACACAGAAGGUUUAUUUGGGGAAAACUGCCCCACCAUCUAAAGUCAUCCAACUUACAGAUAAGGAACAAUCGAACUGGACUAAAGAAAUCCAAGGAAUUUCAGAACAAUAUCUAAGAAGAAAGGGAAUAAUAAUAAAUGAAACGUCUGCUCUUGUGUAUGCCCAGCUGCUCACGGGCCGUAAAUAUCAAAUCAGUCAGAAUGGUGAAGUUCGUCUAGAAAAACAGUGGUCAAAACAAAUUCUUCCUUUUGUUUAUCAAACUGUUGUUAAGGACAUCCGAGCUUUUGACUCUCGUUUCUCCAAUAUCAAAACACUGGAUGAUUUGUUUCCUCCCAGAAGUGUGGUCUUUAUGCUUGGAACCCCUUACUAUGGCUGCACUGGAGAAGUUCAGGAUUCAGGUGACGUGAUUACAGAAGGUAGAAUUCGUGUGGUUUUCAGCAUUCCAUGUGAACCAAAUCUUGAUGCUUUAAUACAGAAUCAGCAUAAAUACUCUAUAAAGUACAACCCAGGAUAUGUGUUGGCCGGUCGCCUUGGAGUGAGUGCAUACCUUGUUUCAAGGUUUACAGGAAGUAUUUUUAUUGGAAGAGGAUCUAGGAGAAACCCUCAUGGAGACCAUAAAGCAAAUGUGGGUUUAAAUCUCAAAUUCAACAAGAAAAAUGAGGAAGUCCCUGGCUAUACAAAGAAAGUCGGGAGUGAGUGGACAUACUCGUCGGCCGCAGAGCAGCUUCUGGCGGAGUACAUAGAGAGAGCACCAGAACUGUUUAGUUAUAUAGCAAAAAACAGCCAAGAGGACGUGUUCUAUGAAGAUGACAUCUGGCCUGGAGAAGAUGAGAAUGGGGCUGAGAAAGUUCAAGAAAUUGUUACUUGGCUAAAAGGACAUCCUGUCAGUACUCUGUCUCGGUCUUCUUGUGAUUUGCACAUUCUGGAUGCAGCCAUUGUGGAAAAGAUUGAGGAAGAAGUUGAGAAGUGCAAGCAAAGAAAGAACAACAAGAAAGUCCGGGUGACAGUGAAGCCCCACUUGCUGUACAGACCUUUAGAGCAGCAGCAUGGAGUCGUUCCUGAUCGGGAUGCUGAAUUUCGUCUCUUUGAUCGUGUUGUAAACGUGAGAGAAGACUUCUCUGUGCCAGUCGGCCUUCGAGGCACCGUCAUCGGAAUUAAAGGAGCUAGUAGAGAAGCUGAUGUACUAUUUGAAGUACUAUUUGAUGAGGAAUUUCCUGGAGGCUUAACAAUAAGGUGCUCACCGGGUAGGGGAUACCGGCUGCCAACAAGUGCCUUGGUGAACCUUUCUCAUGGGAGUCGGUGUGAAACAGGAAAUCAGAAGUUGACUGCCAUCGUGAAACCACAGCCAGCUGUGAGUCACUGUAGCGCAAACACAUCAGCUUCGACUGGGCACUCGGGAGGUCUCGGCCACUCUCCUCAGUCUCUGUUUCUCUCUACUCGGGUACCUCCAAAAGGUGAUGAUGAAUUUUGCAACAUUUGGCAAUCUCUACAAGGAUCUGGAAAAAUUCAACACUUGCAGCCAACGAUACAAGAGAAGGGUGCAGUUCUACCUCAAGAGAUAAGUCAAGUAACUGAACCUCAUAAAUCUGGCUUUAAUGACCACAGUGUUAGACAUCAGCAAAGAAAACAUGACUCUCACCGAAAAUUUAAGGAAGAAUAUAAGAAUCCUAAAGCUGAGUGUCAGAAUCAAAAGUUAUCCAAUAAACAGACUUCUGGAGAGUCUGCCAAAUGUAAUAUUAAACUAUUGAAGAGAAAUGAAAGUCCAGGAACUUCAGAAGCCCAGAAGGUUGUAACUAGUUACCCAAAUGCAGUUCAUAAGCCUCACUCUGGAAUUGAGAACUUUUUAGCAUCUUUGAAUAUCUCUAAGGAGAGUGAACCACAGUUAUCUCAUCAUGGAGAGCCUCCAGAUGAGGCGCAUCUGUCACCGCAAUCCUUUGCUAUGAAAGGAACACGGAUGCUUAAAGAAAUUCUGAAAAUUGAUAGUCCUGACACAACAGACAGUAAGAAUGAUAUGAAGAAGUCUGAUAAUGAAGGCACUGUUUCCUCUAGGAGGAGAGAUGAGCGUGGGACGUCAUCACAUCCUAAGCCAAGUAAGAAGCUGGCAUGCCACAUGGACAGGCCUCACAGCACUAAUGACUUCCACGGUGUGGCAUCGGCAGACAGUGUGUGUUGGCCAGGCCAGAUGCCACCUGUGUCCACACCAGUAACUGAACUUUCUCGAAUUUGUUCCCUUGUUGGAAUGCCACAACCUGAUUUCUCCUUUCUGCGAACAACACAGACAAUGACAGUUUGUCAGGUAAAAUUGUCUAAUGGCUUACUGGUGCAUGGGCCACAGUGCCACUCGGAAGGUGAAGCCAAGGAGCGAGCCGCGCUUUUUGCUUUACAGCAGCUGGGCUCCUUGGGUGUGAAUUUUCCUUUGCCUCCACCAAUAUUUACAAAUUAUCCUCCUGCGGUACCACCUGGACCUGUCCCUCCUGUUUUUACCCAACCUACUGCUAAUAUAAUGCCUCCGUCAUCGUCUCACCUCUUCGGCUCAGUGCCAUGGAGACCACCAGUGCCAGCUGCUGGGAAUGCCUUCCACUACCCUCCGUACCCUGGAACCGUGCCCUUGGCUGGAGGAAGGCCGGGCGGAGCGCACAAUCAGUUCAUACCUCUGCAGGUUACGAAAAAAAGGGUUGCAAACAGAAAGAAUUUUGAGAAUAAGGAGACCCAGAGUUCUCAAGCCACGCCACUUCAGACUAACAAGCCAGGAUCUUCUGAAGCCACCAAAAUGACUCCACAAGAAAGUCCACCAGCCUCUUCCUCAUCCUCUCAGGCUGCUCAGCCUGUGUCUUCUCACAUUGACACUGCCUCCCAAGGCCAUGUUGUGUCCCAACAGAGGUCAGCGCCAAGCUCUUCAAGAAGGAAAUCAAGAAAACUGGCUGUCAACUUUAGCGUUUCUAAACCUUCUGAAUAAAUUUGGUACCUGGGAAUUCAUUUCUUUCAUCUCCAUCUACCUUUUUAUAAAUUAAUAUCUAUGUGUCAGAAAUGUACUAUUUUAGGAUAUGUUUAGAUUAAAUAUUUUUUAUUUUUAAGUUAUCAGGCACUUUUCAUGCUAUUUAAGACUAUCAAAUUGUGCACUUUAAAUAUGUGCAAUUUGUUGUACAUCAGUGAUACCUCAAUAAAGCUGUAAAAAAAGAAAAAUUAAAUCUUGUAUUAAAAUAAAUAGCAAACUGAGCAUGGUAAUAACCUCUGAGUAUCAUGCUUGAGAGUCUGAGACAGGAGGAUUGCCCUAUACUCACCAUGUAGGGCUAUAUAGUGAAUUCCUGGCCAGCCUGAGACCUUGCUUUAAAAACCAAAACUACAGUAAAUAUGAGUGGUCUAAAUGUUAAAAUGUACCACUCUGACCAUUGGCUUCCUCAUUAGAAGGAUCCUUGAACUAUAAAUUAGUCAUUAACUUAUCAUAAUAACAAGCUUUUUACACUAUUAUUGAGGGAUGACUAAAUACAGCAUGAAUUAGGCCUCGUAAUUUCCUAAGUGUGGGUUUUAUUUGUUUGUAAUGAUGGGGCAACAUGACUGAAGAGAGUGGCCCGCAGUCUGUGGCCAGGCAGUCCCUCGGAUGCUCGGGAGUCAGCACGCACACCGGCCGAGGCCGCAGAGCCAUGGGGCUGGCUGGUGCAGCCAGUGCUGCUAUGUUCUAAAUCUUGUACCAAAGCAAUUUAGAAGAGCAUUCAUCUGACUGCUUCAAACUAGGAGUAGCAAUCUAGAUUUGAAAAAUAACGAAUUUUUUUAGAUUAUUCAAGAACCAGCAUUCAGAAUUCCUAAUAAAAUUAAGUUUCAAAAUCUACAGGGUACAGUGAUUACAAAUCAGUCUUCAAAUAGAGUACAGAGCAGAACGUUGAUCACUAUGCUUUUAUAGGCUUCUCGGGUCGUAUUUGCUUUGUUGAUAAUUUUUUUCUAUUGAGACGGGGUCUUGCUGUGUAGUCCUGGCUGGCCUGGUACUCAUGGCAAUCCUCCAUGUUCUGAGAUUCCAGUGUGUAUCACCACGCCCCCCUCAUGUGGCUUUUUCUCUGCUUACUUCACAUAUGUGAAUACUCACUGGGUCUGUGUGUGGAGCUUCCUGGGACUGGUAAAAACGGAAACUUUAAAAAUUUCAAGACGCCUUUGUGUGUGGACAUUAUUUACUGGCUGUCCCAUCCGGUUGUGCAUUUGAGCACCUGCUGGACUGCUCAGUGACGUCACACUUUGUCUCUGCAUGUCACUCAUGGGUAUGUGUUGUUAACACUGUUGAAAUGAUUUUGGAUUUAUGAAAAUUUCUCAAGGACAUCAGGACGUGCAUUUAUAUAUAAACAUAUAUUUAUCUUUCAGUUUUAUGAUAUACUUAUAUUUUUAAAGAGUAAAAUGAUCAUACUUUUUAAAAAGUAGGAACCAGUCUUUAUAUGGAGCUGCUUAUUGCUAUGUUUGAUUUAAUUUAGGUCAUUGAAAACUCUGCCAUAAGUCUUAAAAUAGUCUGUUUGUUAAAAUGCUGGUGUUGAAUUCCUUUCUCUGCUGAUUUCAGUGUUUCUCUAAAUGAUGGCAGGAUAUAUGUAUACUAGUAGUGCCUUUAGUAUAAGAGAUAAAUGAUCAUUAUCUGUAUUUUCUAUGGUCAUGUGAAUUUCUGUAACUUUGUUUUCUGUCAGUAGAAGUUCAGCUGUGUGUCAGUGUCCAGUACUUCUCACUGGGGCACUGUGGGAAGGCUCGGGUCCUCCACAGUGUUUGUCUUUGUUGCUCACAAACUGUUUUUACAGGAAGUGUCCAUUACAGACACAAGGGAAGUUCAGCCAUGACAAUGCUGUGGUAACUCCUUUCGAGACCAUUGAAAUGUGCAGUAUCUGUUACCUCACAUUUACUGUGCAUUCACUGACUCCAGUGGGAUGAAUUCUCUGUGGUGUACAACCAUGGCCCCUGUAAAACACAGAGGAAGGAGCUGUUCUGAAAAUUCCAUAAGAAAUUUUAGUAAACACAAUGCCAUUGAACCUGUGAGGAUAUUUCUCUAAAAUGUGAGCACAACAAGCUAGUAAUUCUAUAUGGAAAACCAGUAAGAGUAUUUGACCUUCCUUUUAAAAAUAAAAAUCAAAUUCUAAGGGCCAAGCUUGCAAAGAGAAGGAGAGGAUUCUGUAUGGCAGAUGGGGAGCGGCGGUGUACUCUGUGUGCCACCCCCACCCCCCAGUGCCCUAUUCCAUACCAUGUCUGUGAAGUAUGCAGCCCCUGGAAGGUGUGAGAGGCCAAGACUGCCUCAGCAGCAGCGUGCUGUGAGGACACUGGAUCUCUUGACCCAUGAGGGGUGGAGCACAUCUCUGAAACAUACUUGGGCUGUGGCAACCAUACAGUUUUCCCUGUUGGGAUGAAUCAGUCUGAAACCACCCUCAAGCUUUUAAAAUAUGUUCAGUUGACUGUUGAAUCUAAGAACCUUUGGAAAUGGUGGACUGUGGCCACAGAAGAAACAGUUCCACCAGAUUGUCUAGUUCUGUGUAACUAGAAAAGUUAUUUGAUUAAGCCUUCCUCUCCUCACUGGAAAUUAUUGUAAAUAUCUUUGUUCAACAAAUCUUUCUUUGUUCAGCAAAUGAAGUUCAUCUGAAGUUGGGUCCUUUUAUGCCUUGGCUCCCUCUCUUAAUUUUCUAUAUUUUCUGGUCAAUGCAUUAAUUGUCCUAAGCACUUCAUAGACUAAAGGCUUAAAUAUCUAAACCUCAGUUGAAUCAAAACAUUAUUUCCUCUGAACCUCAGUUUAUUUCAUAUUUUCCUUCUCUUGGCGUGGAAGUGCACGUCUCCAGUCCCAGCACUCUGGAAGCUGUAGCAGAACUGGGAUUCAAGGCAAGCCUGGGCUAUGUGGACCCUGUUUGAAAAAAGUUCUCUUUACUUUUUAAAGCAGUCAGUAAUGAAGUCUGAAGGUAUUUCCCCUUCCAUGAUGAGCAGAAUGAAGGUGUUGCUGCCUCUUGUCUUUCAUUCCCGUACCUGUCACAUGCUCACUUGAUGUCUACAUAGUUCUAGAUUCUUGGUUCUAGGGGAGGAGGAGGACAGAGGUGAGAUCCAGUACUAUUCCAGACUUUAAGGUACUGACUUAGCUCAAGAAAUAAACUAUAGAGUCAUUUUAUUUGCUUCCUUUUUACGUAUCUGUUCUUGUUGAAUCAACAAAUAUUUUUCACAGUGGUUAUCUAGUUUAUAUCUUAUAUGGCCGGACUCCAUAGAAGGGAGCGCUCACACAAUUGUCAGAUAAAUGUUCAUUGUACUAUCUUGCGUCCAGAUUUUUCUUUUACUAUAUAGAAGAGAAUCUGUUAGAAAUUACUAUGAAAGGCAUUCUGUAUCUUUUUUAAAAUAUCAGUCACUAAAAAAAAAAAAAACAAAUCAUUAUUUUUUAGAAACAGUGACAGGCUCCAACUGCACCUUGAUGUGUGUGUUUUAUGUUGUGUUGUUUUCAACAAAGUAGUCUUUUUUGCAGGCACUCCCUUUCCUAGAAGAAAAUAAAGCUUAAGUUUUUAGUGUUUUUCAGACUGACUUAAUUCCUAUUCCUGUCAGACAUCCUCACUUUGUGCCAGGGCACAGCUGGAGCCGGGCAGCACCUCGCCAGCAACAGGGAAAAGCAGACCCAGGGUUGCUGUCACGGGCUGCGUUAGCUCACACAGCACAUGGCCUUCUUUUUGAGAGAAAGAGGAUAGAAGAAAGUAGUUCAAGCAUCAAGAAUGUUGAGGAUCUGUGUGCCUCGCAGUGGAAGCUCCCUGCUCUGCAGAGCUUGGUCUCCAGGGCAGCUGGGGAAGGAGGCUGCUUUCAGAUCACAUUUUGGCAUAGUGAGACCCGAAGACGCGAAUUUCCCCACCAGCUGGCCCAUGACUGCCAAUUAUUGCGAAAGGUAACGGUCUGUGUAGCUGCAUAGGGAUUGAUUGGAAGCCAAGUUCUUCUGUUUCUCUCAAAAUGAUGGGGGUGAGAAUUUGCUCUGGGGCCUGCUGUAAGUCCUUAUAACUCCUGCUCCCUCGGGCUCUCUCUCUCUCUCUCUCUCCCCUUCUCUACUCCCUCUUGCUGUACAGCCCCUCAGUCCUCCUGCCUCCACCUCCUGAGUUGUGAGGUUACAGAGCAUGGCACCAGGCCCAGAGUGCUGUAAGCUCUUAAUCCUGCCUUUCCUUUACAGUUAUAGGUGUGUGUAUCUAUGUGUAUAUGUGUGUCUGUGAGUGUUAGAUUUUCGUUUUGUUUUUCAGAGCAGGGUUUGUCUGUGUAGUCAUGGUUGUCCUGGAACUCACUCUGUAGACCAGGCUGGCCUCAAGCUCACAGAGAUCCUCCUGCCUCUGCCUCCCAAGUGUUAGAAUUAAAGGCAUGUGCUACCAUUGCCCAGCUGGAUUUUAUAUUUUAGCUUUUCUUUCUUGGCCUCAAGAAUCUUACAUUUUCUUUUGCUGUACAAAUUACUUUGAGUGUUUUCACUUGACACUGAGCAAUCAGUGGUGUGCUGUGUAUCAAAGUGUUUAACAUUUGCUUCAUUUAAAUAGUGUGAUUUCAUACAUAGCUAUCUUCCUUGAUUUCUUUUGUCAUGUAACUAUUUUGUAAGUAACUGGAAUUUCUCAUUAGAUUUUAGACAGAGAAGUAUUUUAUUAAAAAUUCCAAAGGGAAAACUUCUUUGUCCGCAUUUUGUAAUUUUUAUUUUAAAUAUCUUUACAUUGUAUGUCUAUUGCAUUUAAAAGUUUUUUAACUUACAUGGAAUGGACUCCAAAUGUAUUUUUAUGUUGUACAUUUGUAAAUUCAUAGCACGAAAUUAGCCUCAAAAUGUUAUGCAAAGGGAUUUUGGUAUGCAAAAGUCCCUGCCGGGCGGGACAUCUGUACGUGUCAAAGGCGCUGUGAUUUUGAUUAAAGAUGGAAUGACGGUGA